AUGGAGGACGAUGCAACGACAAAGAAGGACAGCGAGACAGUCGUCUACGAGAAAGAAGCGGCUGAUGAGGAGAAACAAGAAGUUGUGAAAGAGGAGGCGGCUGAAACAGCGGAGAAAACUGCUACUGAUGAUGCUACCAUUAAUCCCACCAAAGACGAACCGUUGGCUGAAGAAGACAAAGAUGGCGCCACGGACAAUGCUCCAGGUGACACUCUCAAAGCAGAAUCCAAGGAAAUGGAGGAGGUUAAAGAAUCUGGAGAAUAUGUGGCUAUUGAUGUUACUGCAAAUGAAGAAGGUUAUGGCAGUGAAGGUAUCAGCAGCGAAGUAGAUCUAGUCAAGGAGGACGAAGAUUUUAAGGACACCCCAGAACCAGCUACUCAUGCCGCGGACACUGAAGCCAUGGACGUGGAACCUCAAGAUUCAAAAGAAGAGACAAGCACAAACGAAAAAACUGCCGAGAACGAUCAGAAAGCAGAGGAUGAAGGUUACAUUGAGGUAGAUCUGUCGGCAGCCACAGAACGGGAGACAGAGGAGCAAGAAGACGAAGCAACAAAACAAACUGAAGAAGAAAGCAAUGCAUUGAGAACCCCACGACGAGAUAGGACAAGUAUUUCUGCUCCCAUUGCAGGCACAAGGAAUGAUGACGAUGAUGAUUAUCUGACCAACAAAUCAACUGUCAAGUCAAUCAGAUCUUAUCUCAAUGAUUUUGAUCCAACAACAGCUCUCGACGAAGAUGACAUUUGCAACCUUAUGGUCAAGACCGAUCGAAACGUCGAAUACCGAGCACGCUACUAUUCCAAUCCUCUUGAUGACUUGAUGGAUGAAGACCAAAUGUACAAGGAAUUUCAUAAAGAGGAGGAAGAAUAUCUUGUGGGUCACGACUUUGUCAAAGCAAUGUCCAAAUCGCUAGAUGACGAGGAUUCAGAUGACAAUGAUGGAAAGCGCAAAGCACCACGACGGUAUACCAGAGGAAUGGCCAGGACCACGCGAAUCAAAAAGAAGGAAGAGUUCGCCUUUAUGGACAACCUUGGACUCAAGUCGCUGCUGGAUGCCGUGGAAGAGAUGGAACCAACUGCAGGACCUUAUCCGGUGCCUUUUGAAAGCAUCCAGAGCAGAGAAAGAAAAGUCAUGCCGCAAGAUAGGAAGAGAUCCGGCUCCAGGUCCUACAGUAGACGAGACUCUCUCAGCAGACGACGAGACCCUCCAAGUGAUGACGACUCGGCCAAAUUAAAGUCCACCUUCGACCCCGUUACGAUGCGCCCCCUGGGACCUUUUGUGACCAAGGUUCUUGUCGAUGGCGAGCAUGUGUCGGAAGACGAAGGAGAAAGGCUCUCUCUCAAGGAACGAAAACGUGAGCUGAAGCGAUUGCGCGACCGUCAAUAUCAAAAGAAAAGGCGGGAACGCCAAUUGGCGGAAAAGGAACGAAGGAAGAGCAGCAUUCUCAACACACCUGUACGCUCAAACAGAAAGAGAGGUCGUGAUGAUGACAGUGGCAGCGACGACGAUGGGGGUCGUCGCAAAAUCCGCCCCGUUCGACCUGGCAAGAGGAAAGGUUUUAGCCGCAAGCUUGCCGGUUCUAGGCCUCUUCGUGGACCCGUGUCACUACCACUUCUGGAUUGGCAACGGCGUCAGAUGUGGUCCACCCGAACGAAACCAAAGCGAGAAGAAGCCGACGCGAACAACACCAUGGACAUCCCAGAUCAGCUCGCGAAAUGGGGCAUCACGCAUCGGCCACCUCCAUGGGAUGCCGUCAACCCUGCUCUUGGUUACGAAGCAGAAUACGAAGAGCCUCUCCGAAGACGUCACGCAGACGAUGUCUACGGCCUGUGGUGCCACAAACUCAUCAACUGCCUCAAUGGGAGUGCCAGAGCCUGGGCAAUUCAUGAAUUCUUCUAUAGCGACUUGGACAGGCCUUGGUACUCGAGCAACACUUUUGCAAAAGAGGUGGCCAAGCUCGGAAUCUCGCCUACGGCCAAGUUGACGAGGCGGGAAUGGAGUCUGGUUCGAAGAAUGAUUCGCAAGCGCCCACUUCGUUUCUCGAGGAAGUUUGUACUCUCGCAACUGAAAGAACGCAAUGAGUUUCGAAACCAGAUCAGGCAUUUGCAACGAAACCCCGAUGCAGACAACAACACUGGAUACGACAUUCCUGCUCCCAUUAGGGUUGGUGCAACCGUCACCGCGUACAACAAACGCUUCCUAGUUCUCCACAGGGGCACUGUGUUGUUUCACGAUGUUCAUACUGCACGCUAUCUUAUCCAAUUCGAACGACCAGAGCUUGGCUGCCAGUUCUGCUCUGAUACUGAGGUGGCCAGCCAUGGAGUUCCUCGAGUGCUCACACCCGCCGUUCCGCGCCAUUUGUGUGGUUCUUACUACAAGGCAAAAGCAGGUAAUUUCGUGGAGACCGGGGCAAUGCCGUAUGGCACCAGUUAUGCAUCUCUUCCCGUGGCGAACGAUGUUACGUGCGACAUUGAGAUGGCCAACUUGAUGACAAUGAGCCACCAACGCGAAGUCGGAGGCAUCGUUAGGAAGCCGGAGGAUGCGCGAACCGCACUUGUAGAGAAAGUCGCGGAAAGGGAAACGUUGGUGUCCCUGCUGUCAAUCAUUGAAGCUGCCACAGGUCGGAAAGAACGACUGCUAAAGUGUAUGGACAAGUUCAACUGUUUGCUCGUCGAAAGGCUCCCGUUUGGUGGCGGGGCUCCUCCCAAUCAUAUCAUAUCUGAAUACUACCACUCGCAUUACGCAUGGCUUGAAGCAAAUCUCCAGUCAACAAACCACAGCCUCGACCGAGCUCAUUCUUAUCUUGAGGUGAUGUAUUCUGGGGCUUACUCUGCAACGUAA